UUGAAAACUCCUCCUGUUCUUAAGCAGUUGGUGGGGUGGCUGUGACGGCCCCACCCUUCGAGUCAGGGUCUCUCUCGGGAUGGAGGCCCCAGCUCCAAACCGUCAAUCCCGAAUUUUGGGCCGCUCCUCCAUGUUCCGCUUUUUCCGUAGCCUGGUGGGGAACAAGGGCAGCCCAAAGAGCUCUGACAAGACCCCGAUAGGGAGUCGGACACGCCCCUUGCGAGAGCAAGCCGCCACCCCAUUGGUGAUGAACCGCCAUGGAGGGGUGGGGAGGAAGGAGCCAAAGCCAUCCACCACACUACCCUACAUGCUGUCUGUGGCCUUGCCACAGCAGGACCCCUUGGGGCUAGGGAUGGGGGACACAGGGGCCCAGACCCCUACCCCCACGGAAGUCCUGAGGGUGGGGGCCCAGGGUGUAGAGGUGAAGCCUGUCCUGCCCAGGAGAAGCCAGGAGGUGCUGGGCAACCUGUCUGGGAAAGAGGAAACGGAAGAAGAGAAGGAGGAGGCGGUAGGGGAGGCCUCCGGGGAUACAGAGACCUCAGACAGGGGCCACUUUGCCCAAGCUUUGGAGUUGGAGCAAGGAUGCCUGCAGAGGGCCAGGGGGCCACUGGAGGUCAGCCCCGAGACCUUCACCAGGGAGGAGGAGAAGGAGUGUCUGCUUGACGGAGACCUCAGGCUGGCCUCUUCGAAGGUGGGGACAACUCCUUGGAACCGCCGCCUCCUCACCUUGUACAAGCAGCUUCAGAAAUCAGCCGUUGCCAAGUUUCCUCUCAAGGAAGGCUUGCCUGAUGAGGAGAAAGGCAAGGAAGAGGAAAUGGAGGAAGAGGACAGCUCAUUCAAGGUCUGUGUCCCAGGCAUUGUCACCCUGCAGUCACCGCUGCAUAAGACUUUUAGGUCAACAGAUACAGUGGGUUUCGUGGAGUCGGAGUUAAAGAAGCUUUUGGUAGUACAACGGGAGUCCCGCCUCUGGAAGAUGGGCAGUCAUGAGGGCCGGGAGCUGCUGACCCAGCCAGAGAUCACCCUGGAGGAGGCAGGCAUUGUGGACGGCCAGCACCUGCUCCUGGAAGAGAUGGACGAGAUGGGAAACUGGCCUCCAGAGUGAAGUUGGUGCUGGCCCUCCCUGAGUCUGCCCUGCUCCCAGAUCCCUUCAACCCGAAUAGAGCUUUAGCCUCCCUCUUCUGAGGGCACAUCCAAGGAGCCCCUGGGGCCAAGAGGUCUUGAUAUAAAUGGAAUCCAUGUGUCUGCAGGGUGGGCCUGCCCAGCAGAAUGUUCCUACCCAUCAGACUCAGGCCUGUGAUAGUAAUAAAACCCACUUUGACUUUU